GAUUUCGUCGCGGCCUCGGGGCCCGGCGGCGUUUUAAACGCCCCCACACGGCUCCUGCGGGGCGACACCUGUCCACCAUUCCGCUCUCCCUCCCCCUGGCCUUCGCCUCGUCGCCGCGGCCGCGCGACGCCCCGCUUCCCGCACCCACCAACGCGCGUCUUCCACCUCGCCCUCUCAGGUCUCCACCGAAUUCCUCCCAAUCCGCGGGAUUUCCCUUGCUAAUUCUGGCAGCUCUUGUCGCUAAGCCACGCUGCUCUGCCUAACCCCUGCUCUGAGCUCUUCCGAUUGGCGGCUCCGGCCUCUGGGCGCGUGCCUGCGAGAGGGUGUUUUGAAGCGCGGGUUGGUGGAUUUGGUGGGCGACGACGAAUCAGGGAUGGAUUUCCCGGGAGGGAGCGGGAGGCGGCCGCAGCAGCCGGAGCCGGAGCACCUGCCGCCGAUGACGCCGCUGCCCCUGGCGCGGCAGGGGUCGGUCUACUCGCUCACGUUCGACGAGUUCCAGAGCGCGCUCGGCGGGGCGGGCAAGGACUUCGGAUCCAUGAACAUGGACGAGCUCCUCCGCAGCAUCUGGACGGCCGAGGAGACGCACGCCGUCGCGGCCGCCAACGCGGCGGCGGCGUCCGCGGCCGCGGCGGACCACGCCGCGCGGGCGGCGUCCAUCCAGCGGCAGGGAUCGCUCACCCUCCCCCGCACGCUCAGCCAGAAGACCGUCGACGAGGUCUGGCGCGACAUCAUGUGCUUCGGCGGGCCCUCCGCCGCGCAGGCGGAGGCGGCGGUGGCGCCGCCCCCGCCGGCCCAGCGGCAGCAGACUCUCGGGGAGAUCACGCUGGAGGAGUUCCUCGUGCGCGCCGGCGUGGUGAGAGAGGACAUGACGGCGCCACCGCCCGUACCGCCGGUGCCGGUGACGGCGCUACAACCACCGCCUCCUCCCCAACCGCCAAUGCUAUUUCCCCAUGGCAAUGUGUUUGCUCCCUUGGCGCCUCCACCACUGUCUUUCGGGAAUGGGUUGGUGUCUGGAGCUAUCGGUCAGGGAGGUGGUGCCGCGCCCUCGGCGGUAUCGCCGGUGAGGCCGGUUACGUCCAACGGGUUUGGCAAGAUGGAAGGAGGGGACUUGUCCUCUCUGUCGCCAUCACCGGUGCCGUACGUUUUCAACGGUGGUCUGAGGGGAAGGAAGCCUCCAGCUAUGGAGAAGGUGGUUGAGAGGAGGCAGCGGCGGAUGAUCAAGAACCGGGAGUCCGCCGCGAGGUCGCGCCAGAGGAAGCAGGCAUAUAUGAUGGAGUUGGAAGCUGAGGUGGCAAAACUUAAAGAGCUGAACGAGGAGUUGCAGAAAAAGCAGAUCGAAAUGCUGGAGAAACAAAAGAAUGAGGUCCUGGAGAGAAUGAGCCGGCAAGUUGGACCCACGGCAAAGAGAAUUUGUCUGCGGAGGACAUUGACAGGUCCUUGGUAGGCUGUAGACAUGUACCUAGCAGUAUCUCUCGUCUGGAGGAGUGUAUAUAGUAGGUGCACAUGAACUCACCAUCGCCAGAGUUGCCGUUGUUGACACAGCCAUUAAUCCAGAGCUUCAGUCUCGUAGGCGGAUAGAUUGCCUGUAAUUUCACUGCAUAGGUUUUGGCCCUUCGCAAAAAGUGUUCCAGUGAGUAA